GUUUCACUGCAACCCGGCCAUGGAUGAUAAGUAAAUGUUAGAGAAAGGGCUAGCUUAUUGAUUAACACAGGCUAGCAAUAAUUCUCUUUCAACCUUCUUUUGUUACGAAAACAAGUAAGCGUAAUAUUCGAGCUAAGCAACGAAAAGAAAAUGUUUCCGUCGACGAAAAGGGCCGCGUUUGGCGUAACGACCGGAGUUAUGGGCUUUAUUCUGCCUCAAAAUGGAGUCGUGGAGGGACCCAUGCACUACGGCUCGGGAGAUUCCUCUCCGCAGAUCGCAAUGGGUUCAUCUAAAGACUCAAACAAAGGGAAUGUGGGCUCAGGUGAUACACCGAAACGACCAAGGAACCUGGGAAAUGGGUUUGCAGCGAAAACCCUCCGGGAAAACAGCGACGAUCUCGACGACGGCUCAUUGCCGUGCACCCCGGAGCUGCAGUCAGACAGUGAAAUCGACGUCUCCAGUUGUCCAGCAGGGGACGAAGUCUUGGAGAGCGAUACGAGGCAACUCAUUAGCCGUUUCCUGAGAGACUUUACUGGACUUUCGAAACCUAAGUGGAAUGAAAGUAGAGCACUAUCAACAAUGAAAAGAGUCGUGGAGGACGUUUUGGAAAAACACAGAUACGCAUACAAUGGUAUGAUCAACAAAUUGUCAUUGGAUGACCGACCAGAUGAUGCCAGUUUUGUUAGUGCAGUAGCAAAGAGCCUGUUUGCAGAUGGAACAACCAACUGGGGCCGUGUUGCCAGCCUGUUGGCCUUUGGGGCAGUGGUGUGUCAGUACCUGAAGGAGAAAGACAGACAGAACUGUGUGGAGCUGGUGGGAAAGGAGAUCACCACAUACUUGCUAACUGACCAGCGGGACUGGCUGGUCCAAAACAAUGGCUGGGCUGGCUUUGUUGAGUUCUUUCGAGUAGCAGACCCAGAGUCCACAGUGAGGAACACACUCAUGGCCUUUGCUGGAUUUGCUGGAAUUGGGGCAACACUGGCCCUGUUGAUCAGUCACUGUGAUGUCAUGUGAGGACCAGGGAUCGCCGAUGCUCCCCACUCCAAUCAAACCUGUACCUGGAAGGAUGUUCUUCAGGCCAAAAAACUCACAAAGACUGUCUUAAUCCUGUUCUCCCAGCUCCUGAUUGAACACUGUGAUUCCUGGUAUUAUCCAUUUAACAGAAUGAAGCCCUCUUCCAAAACUCUGCAUCAGAUGGCACAAGUACUUUAUUACAUUUAUUGCACAGAUUUUUCUUUGAGUAAAAUUUACAUGCACUUUAAUAUCACUUUUUUUCCCCUCAGUCACUUACCUACAUUCUCUACUGUUGUGCACCUGUUCGAUUAUUUGUGGUUAAAGCUCCAAUUCACAAAAAUUACAAAAAAAGCCUUACAGUACAUGCAAAUUGUCUUGAAAUAUAUGUCUCUUAAGAUUCCUGCCUCCACCCUAAUACAGUACAGCAUUGAAAAAUUACAUUUAUUGUCAACUAUUUUCAUUGGAACUUUUUUUUUUACAGAAGAAGUAAUCCCAACCAAAUUUGAUCUCAGUAAAUCAGUAAUUGUAUGAGGAAAUUUAUGUUAAAGUUUAUAAUUUUUGGAUGCUCUGAGCUGGAAAAAAAAAAUAAUCCACUGAGCUUCGUUGUAUUCGUCUGACAGCAGAAGUUUUAGAGACGAAGAUCUCAAAACCUCAGCAUAUAAAACUAAAGCAUGGCUCAUUAUAAGCAGAGGUGAGCACAGGGAGACAGAGAAAAAUUGCUACGAUAAAUUUGGGGAUCAAAAUUGGUGACAUUAUUUUCAUGACGUGGUUUGUUAAUCUCUACGUCCAGUUAUUGUUUUACUGCCACGUUUUUGUGCCUGCACUUUAUAUUCAAUAACACGAUAAUUGUCCUUUUACACUUACACAGAGACUCAUUCAUGCAAACGUAUUAUUUUCACUAUGCUUAUUGACAUGUUGUAUAUGGUUGAUGAUUAAGGCCAUGUGAAAAUGUUUUUGUUUAUUUAUUUUUGAUAUUCUCAAAGAGUCCGAGUGCGGAGAUUAAAGUAAAAAAUUCUAUCUCUAAAUUCAGAAGUUGUACUUUUAAAAAUGAUCCUAUUAGAAUAUGUAAUUUUUUUAUUGUCCGAACAUAAAGUUUUAAUUUUUUCUCAAGUCUCAAUUUAUUUUAAAUCAGAAUUCUCAGCCGAUUUUGUUUUGUUUAAUUAGUAUGUUUAAUCGACAGCUCUGUUUAACUGAGUUUCUCCACAAAAAAUAAUGAAAAGGCAUCACUUUAAAUCUUAUGUUUAGAGUUAUGCUCAUAAGCUUCUCUGAUAUGUCUUCAUUUGGCCCUAAUGAUCUUCCAUAUUUUGUUUAUUUGUAGAAAGCAGAUUUCAUUUUAUUGAACAAAAAGUAAGCUUUAAGGCAGUUCUAUCACUGUAUGGAAAUGCUUCACUGUUUGCACUUUACUAAAUAUGUUAUGGUUGUAUUAUCCUGCAACUAAUGUGAAAAUAAGGAUUUCAUUUCACAAUGUUUUUCUUUUUUUUGCGAGAGAGAGAGAGAGAAACCUGAUGUUUAAAAUGUAUGGAAGAGAGUUAACUAUAAACUCUAAAAUGUAUAUUUUAAAAUUAUUUAUACAUAUGACAGACUGCAUAAUUUGAGUUUGAGGUGGAAUAUGUGAUUUAUUUUUUUGUGAGUAUAAGUAUAGCACAAUGUAUCCUAUGCUUUUUUUUAUUUUUUUGGUAAAACAGUUUCCAACA